AUGCUGGCCGCCGCGCUACAUGGGUGGGACGUCGUGGUUGCAGAGGAACUGGAGAAAUGGAAGGUCCCCGGUCUUGCUGUUGCUGUUGUUCAUAAUGGGGAGUCGUGGUCUAAAGCCUACGGAGUUGCAGAACUACCCAACAAACCGCUGACCACCGACUCCCUGUUCAUGGGAUGCAGCACAACAAAGGCAUUCACUGCAGCUGCCACCGCUCUAGUCAUCGAGGAUACCAAGUCCAGCGAGACCCCGCUCAAAUGGGACACACCUGUUUCGUCUGUGAUUCGCGAUGAUUUCGUCCUCGCCGACCCCGAAGCCACCGCAAACACCACGUUUGAAGACGCCCUGUCACACCGGACUGGGUUGCCAGACCACUGGCCCAGAACUCAGCUUGCACACCCUCAUGAAACCAUCCGAGAAGCAGUUCGCGCUCUGCGUCAUUUGCCGCUGGCGUACGCGCCGCGCACUACGUUUCACUACAAUAACUACAUGUUUAUCACCAUCAGCUACGCGCUUGAGCAAAAGACUGGCGAGAAACUAGGCUCGUUUCUCAAGCGGCGCAUCUGGGAGCCUCUGGGUAUGCGAGAUAUAUAUUUCGAUGUCCAGCAGGUGAAAAAGACGCCCGGGCUCAAGGACAGACUGGUCCAGGGAUACGAAUGGAACAAGGAAUUGAACACGCACAAUCCUCAGCCGGAUAUCAACUAUGCACCCAUGGAAGGCACGGGAGCGAUUGUCAGUACUGUGCUCGAGUAUGAGAAAUGGAUCAAAGCGUUGCUUAGCCGGUCAACGCCCAUGACUCAAGACGGGCAUGAUGCUGUGUUCCAGCCGCGCACGAUUCAGUCCCGAGGUGCAAUGAACAUGAACAUGGAUCUCGAUUGCGUGCAUUUGUACGCGCUCGGCUGGUUUGUCGACAACUACCAGGGAUGUCAGUACUUCUGGCACACGGGCGGUUGGCCUGGCACAUGCAUUCUGGUCGGCCUUAUUCCGAGCAAGAAUUUUGGCUUUGUCAUGAUGUCCAACUCGAAUCUUGGGGCUAGCUUUAUGCAUAAGAAGCUAUACCGAGACCUCCUCCACCGCGUCUUGGACCUCCCCAUUCCUCCACCCAACGACAAAUCCCCACAAGAACCCAAGGAUCCAGAAACAUCAGCCGACGCGAUCAAGCGUCUAUUCAAAUCAUUUUCCCCUGACGACAACCAUCACCCACCAACCCCUCUCGCCCCGCCCAUCUCCGCAUUCGAGGGGACAUAUACUCAUCCAGCCUACGGCUCACUAACAUUCGAGCUUGUCGAGGCCGGCAGCAAGUUGCGUGCCGACUGUACAAAUGAAGAAAACCAUGUGCUGCCCACUAUUGUCGACUUGAAGCACGUCUCUGCGAAUUAUUUCCUGGCAAGCCUGAACAACGCGGGAUUGGGUAAUGCGUAUUAUGCAGCCGAGUUCCAUGUUGCGGCGAGCGGGAAACCAGAUCGGCUCGGUAUCGGCUUGGAGCCUUCGUUGGGCGAGGGAAAGUAUAUAUGGUUUGAGAGGGUGUAG